AUGGAGGAAACCAGACAACUAAGUGGAAAGCGCCCUAAGCUGUCGGAUGGAGAGCAAAACAUGGAUUCAAUCGAUAGGCUCAGCAGCUUGCCGGACGACGCCAUAUGCCACAUUCUCUCUUUCCUCCCAACAAAGCUCUCAGUGGCGACCAGUGUUCUCGGAAAAAGAUGGAGGUUUCUAUGGGCCCAUGUACCCUGUUUGGAUUUCAGUGUAUUCGAUUUCAAUGAAGAAGGAACGCAAGUCUCGGACAUCAUCGACAGGGUUCUAUUGCGGCACAAGGAAAAAAGAAUGGAUACUUUAACACUCAAUGGCGUCAAGUGCAACGAGUUUCAACUGGAGACAUUCAUUACAACUGCCAUCGAACGUAGUAUCCGGAAUCUUUAUCUUGAACUUGACUUGGAUACAUUCCCUCGAUACCUCUUCAACUGCAAAACCAUUGUCGACUUGAAGCUUGAUAACAAAAGAGCGUCACUCUCUGCUGUGAAAAAUGUGUCUCUGCCUAGCCUCAAAAAGUUAUAUGUUUUUAAUCUUAUAUGUGAGCAUGAUGAUGCACUUCCUCUUUUUCUUUCCGGUUGUCCGUCGAUCGAGGAGUUGAAUAUGUCAUUCAUGUUUGUGGAAGAAGAUGAUUACGUGGGCUGCAUAAAUAUAUCAUCACCCACGAUAAAGAUGCUUCAGAUUGGAUUACACAAUUCAUAUAAACUUGAAUAUAGUAUGAUAAUAAAUGCCCCGGCCCUUAGGUAUCUCGAAGUGCUUGGCUAUGACUUGGAGUGUAUAACAAUUCCUAUAACCUUGAUCUCCUUAGUUGAGGCAGAUAUCAGCUUAGAUUAUUGUUGCUUCUCAUAUCUCGAAACGAAUUACAAUUCCACGGUGGUGAAGUUUCUUCAUUCUCUGUCUUAUGUAAAGUGUCUAAAGAUAUCAUGUUGCGAAUUUGAGGAGGUAUGUUUUGAUUCUUCAGUCUCUUAG